AUGGGUUCCUCUCCAACCCUCCUCCGAAGAGCUCGCCUGCUGCUGCUCCUCUUCUCCAGCGUCGUCGUCUCCUCCUCCGCCGCCGUCGUCAUCUUCAACGUCAAGGACUACGGCGCCGUCCCCGACGCCAAGAAAGACAGCGCUCAGGUGAGAGACAGCUCAAAACCCACCACCAUAUCCUCUCUCUCUCUCUCUCUUUCUCUAAAAGAGCCUGGUGGGUUUGUGGUGGAGAAAGGCGUUCAUGCAUGCAUGGAAGGACGCCUGCGGAGCGGCGGAGGGGGAGCCGAGGGUGCUGGUCCCGGAGGGGACGUUCAUGGUGAGCCCGGUGGUGUUCCAGGGGCCGUGCAAGAGCCCUGCGGUGGUGUUUCAGGUGGCCGGAACGGUGGUAGCGUCGGAGGAUCUGAGCGAGUUCUCCGACGAUGCGUGGAUCGAGUUCGAUCACGUCGAUGGGCUGCUGCUCACCGGCGGCGGCAAGUUCGACGGCAGGGGAUCCUCCGCCUGGCAAUACAACGACUGCAAGCACUCCUCAUCCUGCACUCUCCUCCCCACGGUGGGUCUUCUUAUUCCCUAUAUUCAUUAAGUUAACGCCAUCGAUCUUUUCUUCCAAUAUAACUGAAAACGUUUCAACUCGACGUUAGUAAAUUAGGGUUUGAAGAAGAUACCUGAAAGUAGUUUGUUUAGACGAGUGAAUAAGUGUAGAUCAUUUUUUUUUUGAGAAUGAACUUUCCUAAAAUGGUAUCCAUCUGUCUGAAUAAAAAUAUAUUUCUUGAAAUGAAUGUAUGAGCCUCGAAUCUUAUGGUACUUGAAAAUAGUAUUAAGGUAUGAAUGAGCAUUGACAAUUUUUUGAGGAUGCACUUGCCUAAAAUGGUAAUGACCCAUAGCUGCUUUUAUUAGUUCAUACAUUCGUCAACCCUACAUUUAUGGAAAGCAAAGAAACUAAUCUUGAUUUAUUAUAUUAGUUCAUACAUUCGUCAACCCUACAUUUAUGGAAAGCAAAGAAACUAAUCUUGAUUUAUUAUAUUAGUUCAUACAUUCUUCAACCCUACAUUGAUGGAGAGCAAAGAAACCGGGUGUUCUAUCAAAGACUCAAGGCCAUACAAAGACGGCUAAAAAUAGCCAUAAAAAAGUAGGAAUGCUGCUAGCUUUUGAGGAUGCAACCCAUUUCUUCCUGUUGAAAGAAAAAUUAUAAAAAAAAUGUUAUUCAUUACUGCACAGAAGGAAGCCACCCUUUUCAUUAUCCUGUGAACCAGCACUGCCCAUGAUGCCUGAAAACCCUAAAAAUCUCAUAAUUCUGUUUUGCUGGAUCAUUCUUUGAUCUUUUAUUCGUUUCUGACGACCCAACCCUCCCUCCGUCUCUCAGUCCAUCAAGCUCAGCUCCGUCACCAACACCACCGUGAGGAGCAUCACCUCCCUGAACAGCAAGUCCUUCCACCUUGUCGUCCACGGCAGCCGGGACGUGAACCUCCACUCGUUGACCAUCACCGCCCCGGCGGACAGCCCCAACACCGACGGCAUCCACAUCGGGAAAUCGAGCAACGUCAACGUCGGAAGAUCGGCCAUCGGCACCGGCGACGACUGCAUCUCCAUCGGCCCGGGAAGCGUAGGAGUGACGAUAACCAGCGUGAGGUGCGGGCCAGGGCACGGGAUCAGCGUGGGGAGCCUGGGGAAGUACGAGGAUGAAGAAGAUGUGGCGGGAGUGAGGGUGAGGAACUGCACGUUUCAGGGAACGACGAACGGGGUGAGGAUCAAGACCUGGCCCAACUCGCAGCCCAGCGCGGCGUCUGAUAUGAUCUUUGAGAACAUCGUCAUGGACAAUGUGGCCAAUCCGAUCAUCAUCAACCAGCAGUAUUGCGCAUCCUCGUCCUGCAGCAACCAGGUUAGAGGCCCCCAAUAGCAUCCCUCUCUCUCUCUCUCUCGUGUUUCUCACUCAUCUAUAUAUAUCUGUCUGCUUCAGUCGCCAUCGAGAGUGAAGAUCAGCGACGUGAAGUUCAAGAACAUCAGAGGGGUUUCCCUGUCGAAGGUGGCAGUGAAUCUGCUGUGCAGCAAUUUGGUUCCAUGCAAGGGCGUGGAGCUCGGCGACAUUCACCUCACCUACGGCAGCGGGGGCGGCGGCGGCGACGGCGGCGACGAUGGCGGCGCCACCGCGUCCUGCACCAACGUCGACGGCCUCUCCCUCGGUAGCGUCAUCCCUCCCGCCUGCCUGUGA